CGCGGCGUUCCCAUUCCCGUUCCCCUUCCCACUCCUUUUCCCCUUCCCAUUCCCACUCCCAUUCUCAUUCCCACUUCCAUUCACCUUCCUACUCCCACUCCUGUUCCCAUUCCCACUCCCAUUCUUCCUCCCACUCCCACUUUUAUUACCGUACCCAUCCCCGUUCCUUUUCUCACUCCCACUCCCAUUCCUAUUCUCACCCUCACUCCCACCCCCAUCUCCACUCCCAUUCCCACUCUCAUUCCCACUCCCAUCCCUACUCCCUCCCUACUAUAUGCAUGCAAAUGA